CAUUGCGAAAUCAAGUAGCGGAAGAUCUGCGGACAAAGUUUUCGAAGAUUGUGUCAAGACAGUAGUGACAUAUACCGUUAACAUGGCGAGCAUUAGCCCAGUGACCAUAGUGUCAUGGAAUGAAUUCAUGGCGGAUCCAACUCUGAUGUACAACUUGUUUACAAGGAAUCCGAGGUCGGGCCAGUUUCAGUUUGAUCCUGCUCGCGUCAAUGUAAUGGCAAGUUCCACUUCCAGGACUUUAAAGGUGGAAACUAUGGAGGAGCUAUUAACGUGGGAGCGAGAUUUGCUGUCCAAACCUCUGUUGCUGGAUAUGAUGGCUGUUCAUUCCAAGACAGAUAACUACGUGUAUGUCAGGGUCACAACGCGCUGGAGGGGUCAUUUUGCUGUGUUACUGAAUCCUCUUAACCCGGCUGUUCGAAGACCCAUGGAAGAAGAAUUCCGUAAAGCCAGAGAACACAUGUCCAACGGCGACAAAUUUUGCUUGGAGUUUGACCUCGGACCUUGUAUAGAGAAUUGGUAUGCAGAAAUGCUGGAUGGAGCUCAAGGGUGCUACACUUCAACAAAGAGUUCACAGGCCCGCUUCUACAUUACCAACUCGUCCAAGUACCAGCACUGUUUUGAUUGCAAUGCCAUCUGGUGUGUUUUGUGCCUUCCCUGUUGGAUUCUCUCUGCACCCUGUUAUAUGACACACCGAGCCUGCACGGUGAAGGAUGAGUCUCUGAUCUUCAAUCUUCCAAUCAUUAUGCGCACUCCUCUGGCAAGAAACCUUGUGGUGGAGCUAAUUCCAGAGCGAGAUCAGCAGAGAAUGGCCGCCAAUAGGCAGCUAGUGCAGAACCGUGCCACCCAUGACCAACACAUGACAGUUCCUCAGGUGGUAGCUCCGGAGAGACAGGGCCACCCUUCCACAGCCCAUCACAAUUACCCAGUGGGAACCCCAGCUGCCCCACCCCCGUACUCCCCACCAGGCUACAAUACACCACCGGGCUAUGCUACACAGCCAGGUACUGUGACAAACCAACCCUAUGCUCUGCCGCCUCCACCUGCCGUGUGGAGGGGCCCCACACCUCCGGGGCAGGCUCUGCCUCAGUCCCAAGGUCAGACGACUGCCCCACCCGCCGGCCAGCCGCCCCCUGACUACCAGCCAUGUGCACCACCUCCGUCAGCCCCCAGGGUGUAGAGACUAAGGGUCUGGGGCAUAUCUGUAUACAGUUCAUGUAUGAGGUUGUGUAUAGUGUACAUGUUGCUUUCAUUGUUUGACUAUGGAAAGGCAUUUUUUAAAAAUCACAGUUGUUUUAUAUGAUCUGAGAUGUAAGAAUGUUGAGAGCUGGAACAUUUUGAAUAAAGAGAUGAAUUCAAAAGGGAUACCUAUAACUUUUUUAAUAACUUGCCAGUAUAUGGUAAAUGACUGUAACCAAGUUGCACACUUUGCCUGAUUCUCGAAGCUCUACUAGUGUAUGGACCAAAAUUGAUAUUUAAUGACAUUUAUUUCUAUAAAUGCACUGUUGGCAGGCAAAACUUUAGGUCAUUUACAUAGUAGAUUUACAAUGUAUAUUUAAUAGUUGGGUUGCGAGAAAGAUCUAUUAAAUAGGGCAUUGUGGGCAGUAGAACUGUACCUGUGGUAAAGUAGAUGUCACAGAGGGGAACUUUUUUGGGGGACAUAUCUGUGUAAAUAAUGAAAAUGGUGAUUCGUAUAUAUUGCAUUAUUUUUGUACUCACAGUUAAAUACGUAAUGGCUUUGAGCUAGAAUGCUUGUUGUGUAACAUGGAAACAUACAAUGCUGUAAAACAGAUUGAAUAUGCAUAUUCAGAACUACAAUAUAGUGAACACGAUGGAGCUAGCCAAACGAACCCAUGUAGCUUUUGUGUCUCACAAGUUAUUAUUUUAAAGAUUCAAAAUUGCUUCCAAUCUUCAAUGUAGGUGACGCCCAAAAGAUUUAUCGCGCUGAAAUCAUCGUACAUUGACUUUGUGUUAUUACUGAACAAAGUUGUCAAAAUUAUAAUACUAAUUACUACUGAUAUGAUGUUAGUUUUUUUUU